GAGGGCAGGCUUUCCACGAUGACAGCACUUUCCCUAUCAUAAUUUCACCCUACCAAAAACCCUUCAAAAUCCAGUGGACAUACUUAAGAAUUGCCGUAGAAGUCAGUUGGAACAAAACAGCGCGCAUUGACGCAACGAAAAUCCAAACUCGGAAGAAAAUAAGAGCACGAAGAAACGUUGUUUUCUGGUUUCUCAAGGGAAGAUAAUGGAGUGCUGUCUUCUGUACUGAACAUGGAUGGUUAAGUGCGCUACAAAAAUGGCAGAAGAAACUGGGUCGGCAAGCACCAAAGGGUCUACACCCAGAGCGCCCAUUUCUGUCCAGCUGCAGAGCAGGACUCAGGCCUGUCCUCGACCACAGGCCACCGAAUACAAACACUGACCUAAGAGAUUUGUCUUGUUCUGCAGCAGAGCAGAGGGGAGGUUUCAACAGUUUGGAAAAACGGGUUUUGGGCCAUAUUUUGAUAUGGCUGCCACUCUCCAGAAACUUGCAGUAUUCGUGUCGGGCAUAUGGAUCUGCCUCCUGCUCCUCAACCCCUUUCCACAAACCGGGGCAGUGGUUGGGCACAGAGAGCCGAUGCCUGACGACAGUAGAGACAACAUCACUAUUUUCACCCGGAUCCUGGACAGACUUCUGGAUGGCUACGACAACCGGCUUCGCCCCGGACUAGGAGCAGAGAGUGUGACGGAGGUGAGGACAAAUAUCUACGUGACCAGCUUUGGACCAGUGUCAGACACAGACAUGGAGUACACCAUCGAUGUGUUCUUCCGUCAGAGCUGGAGGGAUGAGAGGCUGAAGUUUGACGGGCCCAUGCAGGUCCUGCCUCUUAAUAACCUCCUGGCCAGUAAAAUCUGGACUCCAGACACCUUCUUCCACAACGGAAAGAAAUCUGUGGCCCACAACAUGACCACGCCCAACAAACUGCUACGACUGGUGGACAACGGUACCCUGCUUUACACUAUGAGGCUGACCAUCCACGCUGAGUGUCCCAUGCACUUGGAGGAUUUCCCCAUGGAUACACACGCCUGCCCUCUGAAGUUUGGGAGCUAUGCGUAUACAAACAAUGAGGUUGUCUAUCUCUGGACCAAAGGAGAUGAGGGCUCUGUAGUCGUAGCAGAUGAUGGGUCAAGGCUAAACCAGUAUGACCUACUGGGCCACGUUAUUGGGAAAGAAUCUAUGAUUUCCAGCACAGGAGAAUAUGUAGUGAUGACAACGUAUUUCCAUUUGAAAAGGAAAAUUGGCUAUUUUGUGAUUCAAACCUACCUUCCGUGCAUCAUGACUGUCAUCCUGUCUCAGGUCUCCUUCUGGCUAAACAGAGAGUCGGUUCCCGCCCGCACUGUAUUCGGUGUCACCACAGUUCUAACCAUGACAACCCUGAGUAUCAGUGCCAGGAACUCCCUGCCUAAGGUGGCUUAUGCCACAGCUAUGGACUGGUUCAUGGCGGUAUGCUAUGCCUUUGUCUUCUCUGCCCUGAUAGAGUUUGCCACAGUCAACUACUUUACCAAACGCAGUUGGGCGUGGGAUGGCAAGAAAGAGGCCCAGGAGAUGAGGAGAAGAGAAUCUGCCUCUCUUUCCAAAAAGGCCAAUAACACAUUCAACAUUGUUGGAACUACAUACACCCUCAACGAGGCAAAGGACCCAGGUUUAACCACCGUCUCCAGGAGUGCCACUACAGCUACACACCACCAACACCACCACCACCAUCACCAUCACAGCCACAAGGUUCCUAAAAUGGACGACAAUUACGUGGAAGCCAUAAAGUCCUACAACCGUGUCAGCAGAGUGGACAAGAUCUCUCGCAUCAUCUUCCCUGUGCUGUUCUUCAUAUUCAACCUGGUCUAUUGGGCCACGUACAUCAACAGCAAGCCGCCUCCCAAGUCCACCGCCCACAAUUAAACUCGCCCCGGCUGAAUAUUAGGCUGAGAUUGCAGGAGGCCAAGAGAUCCACGACAUGUUAUUGUAUCGUUGUUUUGGGCUUCAUUUUGAUAUUUGCGAGUCUCAAUAGGUCGCAGACAAACAUUCUCGUAGAUUUGUAUGUACAUAGUUGAACUAUAAAUGUUCAUUUGUUGUUACCUGAUUAUUCGUUUGUUUGAUAGAAUAGACGGAUGGUGUUUUCUUUUCUCUUGACAUGAUAAAGGGGAGCAUGUGUUUGAAUCCUUCAUGGUAGAUCAUUACAGAGGAUCUGGUCCUGGUAAAUCACACUCUCACACACACACACACACACACACACACACACACACACACACACACACACACACACACACACACACACACACACACACACACACACACACACACACACACACACACACACACACACACACACACACACACACACACACACACACACACACACACACACACACACACACCAUUCACACUGAAUUGCGUCAGGAUGCAGCAAGGAGAGCCAUUGGCUGCUUGUCGCUAUAGCGAGCUCUUAUAGCCAGGGGCAGCAUGUAGAGUUCCAUAGGGACAUCAUUAAUAAUCCUCAGUGUCUGCCCUUCCGCUAGCGCUGAAUCUCAACAGACCCAACGCAAUAUCAUCUGGAAUUGCUUUUGUGUCCUAUCGGGCCUGCCUGUGUAUUUUCCAGUCCAGAGACUCCUAUUGUUUUAACUGGCUGAGUAUGUUUAAAGAGAAAGAAGCAGUGUGCCUUUUUGAAUACCCACAUCAUCAAAAUAAAGAUUUUCUCACACACAAACACAUACAUACAGUACAUACACACACACAAACACAUACAUACAGUACAUACACACACACACAGAUACAUAUGGAGACUAUAUGGUUUAGGUCUGUGUGGCGGCUCCCCCUUCUCUCCCUCCACCUACAGCCCACGGUCCCUAGGGGACAUGGUCAGCGAGGUGAAUUCUCCAAACACAUAUCAUGCUUCAGGCCUAUGUAAAGUAGAGGGGAAGCUGCAGAGAAUAGUGAUUCACUACCACUGGAUGAAAUGUAAUCAUAAUGUGACUGAUGCAGCAUUAUAAAAUAUUCUCUAUGUACAUUCUCAUGUAUUGCUUACAGGGGUCAGCCUCAGUGAGCCACAUACAGUAGCUCAUUGACUUGUCAUGAUAUAUUGUGAAUUCGUUUUUUGUUUGCUGUUGAAGUGCUUUGAGAUUCUAUGAAAAGCACUAUAGACGUUUAAUGAAUGAUUAUUUUGAUGUAUGGCUUGCAUAGUAUUCUGACACAUCAUCAGCUCAGACUGACUUCUAAUAUAGAUAAUAUAGACAACAUUUAUAUAGUAACACUUUCAUCUGUUCAUUUUGUCAACCAUGUUCUACCUAUAGUAAAUAUUCUGGGCUUUAGUCGGUAGCCCUUUCCUGCAGUCAAAUGACCUAGUGGCCUCAUGGGUGUUAUUCAUAUUUGUCAUGAUAUCAUAACUAAUUAACAUUAUUUCAAUAAACCUGAUCCAGUGUUUCUAAGUCAAACAGUUUUGUUAUAUUUGAGUCUUCUGUAAUGUAUAUAAAAAGUCAUAUUGGGAUGCAAACUUAAAAUGUAAUACAUUUCAACUCUAUAUCUGACAUGGUACACAGGUGUCCUCUUUUUGUUAAGCCCAUAACCAUGUGUGUGAGGUGUAUACUUUUGUUUCAAAGUAGAUGUGUUUAAGACUACCCAGAAACACUCUGUGUGACCCUGAUUCGGCCCACUGCAGUACAAGGUUAACGGUUAUUUUCUGAUGAGAGCUUUGACCCUUGUGUUCAUUUCUUCGUGAGAUUGUGAUACACGUUUGAGGUCUGAUUUAGAAAAGGCUACUUCUUUUUCAAUAUGAUCAUUUCCCGUGUUGUCUCAUUCCCAUUCUAUAGAUUCUGGUUGAAUUUUGUGUGUAACUUAUGAUUUGCAAAACAAAGGUGACUGUGGACAGGAAAGCGCAUGUUUUGUUCAACAUACCACACUGCAGGCCGCAAAUCAAUCGAAACGUUGUUCAACUGUUUUACACAUCCACAUACGUAAAGCAGGGGUGAAGGAGAGGCAGAUGCUAUGCUAAAAUAUGUUGUGCUCAAGUCAUACAGCUUGUGGGUGAAAGUAAUGACGUUUGCGCAGGACUUUUCCCACGUGUUUCCAGAGUGCUCUGUGAUUGUUACACAGAUGACUUGCCCUGAACCCAACAUGCAGUAUGUUCUCAACCAUCUCUCAAAACAAGACUAUGUUCAAAGGAGAAUGGAUAGAAUGUGUUAAAAACAAAAACCAUGUACAAUGUAACAAACAUAUGCAUGACAGUCUGUACGUGUGGAAGUCUGCAACCUUCAGUAAUGAUAUUUGUCAUAUUGAAAUCUUAAGGCUUAGUCUUGUAUCAGUGUUUCAGUUGCUCACUAAGAUACUGUGUAGUAUAAAGCUCUGUUGAAGCUGAGGAUUUUCCUUCUAGCAGGUUGAUAACUACAGAAAGGACACCUAAUCAUCAUAAAAUCAUAUAUAUAUAAGGAAUAUAUUUGUAUAUGAAGACAUACAUAGUAAAUCAUUUUAUGCUAAUUAACACAUACAAUAUAAGACAUAUACAUGUUAUAUAUGAUAUAGCCUAUACAGUGUCAUAACAAAUGUUGAUGGGUAGAAACCAGUAGACAAACAAAUAGACAAAUGAAUCAAAUGUUUAAACUAAGGGCAAAUACUCUAAUUAUUCCCCAAAAUAAUAGUAUUAAGUUGUGCAUUUCUGUAUAUACUGUGAAUACAACUGAAAUAGAGAGUUUGUGGACUAUAACUAAGUCAGGUUAGUACUUUUUGGUAUUGAUCAGCUCUGAAGCCACUUCAAUGCUAUGAGACAUUGACAUUGGUGAUGCGUGGCUUCGCAGCAAGAUCAGUACCUUGCGUGUACUUUUCAUACCUAACUCCGGAUGCCUUGUCUGCAAUUGAUGCUGCUGUACAUACUGUACCCUGUUCUCCUGUGAUUGAACUGCAUGUCCCAAAGCACUGGGGGAGUGGAGACUGCCUCCACACAGAGAGCUCCCAGAUGACUAGGGACUCUGGCAGUAGGUCUCUGUAUUGGCCGUGCUUGUCGUUGCAAUCCCAUGUUGAAGCAUCUAUCCCGUUACUCUCAAUGACAGGACCCUGUAUGUUAAAGAGCCCUUUCUCCUUUGUCUGCUCACUGCUCAGAAAGUUGUAAAUGGCAGUUGGGAUUUCAAGGACAUUGUAUGUGGACUCGUGUAUUAAGUAACCAUACAAAAGGGUGAGGGGGAAAAAACCUUUAAACAGCAAAAAAAUGAAAUAAAUCUGCCCGAGUCAUCUGGUGAGUUUUGACAUGUGUCUCAUUGAAACAUAAAUCUUGCGCCUCUUGGUGGUUACCUCUGUCAUUUGGACUGUAUUCUAGCGCAUGCUAUUCAUUUUGUUUUCGUGGUGUUCGCACUGUGAUUCAAUGCAAAAAGAAGGACGGAACAAGGAAAUCCCAUAUGGGACAAGGCACCGACUGCACAAUCUGUGUUGGCAUUCUUGAUUGCACCAAGGAACAGUCACCUGACACUUGGAGUGUCUUUUCUGUGAUGUACUGCAUACAAAUACAAGGACAGCAGAUGGAGACUAUAGAUAUUAUACAGGAGUGUCCACACUUUUUUAUUUAGUGGAGAAGGGAGCGGGUGAUGUGAAUCACCCCACAGCUGAAAUAUAGUCGUGAGUCAAUGAUGAUGAAAUGUCUGCCUCAAUAUGUACCGUUUAUGAUUUGUUGCCUCAACCAUUCAGUAUAUCUCCAUUAUUUCCAGAUGAUUUGUUGUGCCAAAUGACCUUUUCGAAAAAAAGAGAGUAGAGAAAUGAUGUGCCCAAGGAUAUUUCAUCGUUUCAUGUUUUGCUCUCAGAGAGAUUUGGUUUGGCAUUAAAAAUAUCUGAAGGGCGUUAAUUAAGACACAAUUUGAUAAAGCAGGCGAGUUGUGUGGGAGAUUACAUUUGCAUAGCCAGACCCUGACCUGUUUCACAUGCAUCGAGGCGUUGAUGAUGGACAUUCUCCAUAUUAUGCGUCAACAGCUGACCCAUUCGCAUCAGUAAAUGAUCUAAUGGCAGGGGUAAAACACUACUCGAUAGUGUGUCAUUUCAGAUGCUCAGCCAAAUUAUUGCUUAGGAUAGUCAAGUGACUCUAGCAUGGAUCCUGCACAAGGAUCUGUCAACUACAGUGUGGAACUGUGCACAAACAGUAUGUUGUCAGACAAGACAAACAGAAGGUCAAAGUCAUUCUCUAGUGGUUCACUACCUGUUCAGUAUUGAAUUAUAUAAGGAGGUGGACCAUCUAGUCCAUUAUAUUUAGAGCCAAAUAACCUCUCUUUUUUUUCUCUGCACGCAUUAGAGAAAAGAAGGACGUGUGGAAAAUGUGCCAUGAAUAUCGGAGGUUCUACAGUAGAAUAGUUUUGACUAUAACGUGGCUAGGUUGCUUUUCCUUGCUAUGAUAAAAGACAUGAUCAAUUAUACAUGAAGUAUCAGAGUUUUAUUCAUAACCACAGUUUUCUGACUGUACUACGUUUGGAUUGGUGUACUGCACUGUGAAUGCUGCACUAUCCCUGUGACCCCAAAGUUAAUUAAGCCAAGCACAUUUUACAUCUUUCAUCACAGUGACCUAGUUUCAGGAAACAGUGAGCUUGCAUAUUUAACCUGUGUGGAAACCUGCGGCUUCUUCUGAAUCUUAUGCGGCACUGUGCUCUGUCCUGCUGUGUUAAAGGAUGCAAUGAUCAAAUACACAAUUAUUCAGCUGAUCAGUAGCCAACAUAUCUGAUGUGAUUUGAUGUUAUUGUUGAUAUGAAGGCAGAGUGUCUGCGAGGGGGUUUAUUUGACGACUCCUGUGUUGCUGUUUUUUUUUUUUUAAAGACUACAGUGUAAUGGUGACGUCAAUCUGUCAGAGGUGGAGUUGUUUUUUUGUAGAACCCUGACUGAAAAUGUUGAUUUUUCUCUGUUGUGAAGGUUUCUUUGUGAGGCUAAUGACAACACGGAAAUUAUGUUUUUAACCUACCUUUGUCCAGGUUUCUUCUGUUUUUUACGUUGAAUAAAGACACAGUAUUUUCA